GGUCAGUUAUCUGCUGUGACAUUGGGAGAGUGUUGCUACUUGUGGUAUGUAUUGACAUCGAUAACAGUUUUUAAUAAAUAGACUAGCACGCUACUCAGUGUCCCUAUAUGCGAAUAUUCUUGAAAACUGUUAGGUAAGUCAUAUUAUAUCAAUAAGUGGUGUUACUGUGCAAUAACUUUACCAAAUAUAGAUGGAAGGUAAAAAAAUUUUAAAAAGUAAAAAAAUAAAACGAAAGGUAAAAAACUUCAAAAACAUAUUUGAGAAAUACUCUGCAUGAGCAGCAUAUUUACAUCUACUUUGUUUUUUUCCUUUCUAAUUUUUACCUCAAUAUCCUUUUCUACGUACAUUGAUGUUCAACUUCCUCUAGAUGUAUCCUCCCAAGGGGAGCUUUCAAUCUCUCCAAAGUGCCUACUCCUAGUGGCUCAUGAACCUAGCUCUGUCAAUACUGAACCGGGUCCUCAUAUCCGAGGAAGCACAUUGAGAGCAUACUCUGUUGGUGAAAAGGAAGUUGAUCUUCUACUGCCUGGCACUGCAAGGUUACGGGUGCAAUUAGGUGUGAACAUGCCAGCUCAGGCUAAUCACAAGCUUCUACAGGAUGAGAAUGGUUCAACGGAGCUUGAACUUUUUGAGGUUUACGAUGUUGUUCUGUUUAUGGGAAUAAUUGAUAUUCUACAGGAAUACAAUAUGAGAAAAAGAAUUGAGCAUACUUGCAAAUCAUUGCAGUAUGACCCGAUGUCAGUAUCAGCUGUUGAACCGAAGCUGUAUGCUAAUCGUUUCAUGAAUUUCUUGCAAAAGGUUUUCCCCGAGCUGCCAUGAAAUACCGGUUUCUUUACCGUUGUUCCUAGGGGCAGGCUUUUUACUUGCUGCUUUUUUUUAUUUUUGUUGUCUUGCACACCUACAGGAAAUUCUUUAAGGGUCAUCGGGUGUAA